AUGACGUCGGGGAAGCGGAAGAGAAGCGCCAUUCUCCAUCGACUGACGGUGGACACGGCCAUGCCCAACUCCAUACGGCCGCAGCAUCAUGCUGGUGCCGUGUCGGACGAAGCCCCCUUCCUCGCAUCAACGUUUCGAGGCGAUGGGGGCGGUUUGAUGGACGUCGGGCCUUUCCGUGUCGGUACCGACGGGAUAGGUUUCCUCGAGUUUGGAAUGGUACUGUCCUUAAUGGCAAACGAUCGAAGCGGAGUCAUGGCGUCCGAGGGAUUCACCGCGUGUGAUGUGCGCUUGGAACGAACGUUGUCCCCGGCGUUGUUCGACGAUCAAAAGCAGCAUGACGGUCAGCUCGUCGGAUGCCACUUCAAGGAUUGCUUGUUCGAGGUGUUGCCAAAGAUGAACUACGAUGCCACACUUGCGUUCGAGAAAGCGCAACUGACCAAGAAAGAUGGCCUUUCUGGGUUUUCAAACCCGUUGUCGGAAAUGCGCUUCAAGAGCGAGUCCGAGAAGCGCCUGAACGCCACGGCGUACUCCCAUUCUCAUGGCAAACACGUCAACUACGGCCAGGGCAUCCAAUUGCGCCAUAUUAAAUCGGGCAAGUUUCUCUCCACAACACCAUCUUCAUACGACACGUCCGACUCCCUUGACAUUUGCUUGACGUCGGGGUCAUCUGCAUCGCACUUUGUGCUCUUGCCGAGGUUCAAACUUCGACGAAAAGGAGAGCCGGUUCAGAUCCAAGACCAGAUUAUGUUGGCCACCGACGACACACGGUUGUUCGUGCAGACAUCGUUGAACCGAUUUGACCAGACCGCGCUGUCAUCCCGCCUCUUGACAGCGUCCGUGGCGCAUACUUCCAUGAUACAAUGGCGACUGCUGCCGUAUGACUCGAGCGACGCAGUGCAGUCGACAGCGGAAACGUAUCGUCACAAGGCGGGCCACGGGGGCUUCCACGCCGGCCAAUGCCUUCGACUUUGCCAUUUGGAAACCGGCUCGUGGCUCGCAUAUGACUCGGCAUCCAGCUCCCUUCGACUCGACGGGUGUGGCGCUACCGACCACACCAGCUCUGCGAUGGGCGUGCUGUCGCCCGACACUUUAUGGGAGGUCGAAUGCAGUCGUGUGUUUGAAGGAGGGGGAAUUCACUGGACCAAACGCGUGUGCAUCCGCCAUGUCACCACGGGGAAAUACUUGGCCUUGAACGACAACACCACGACCAACAUGAUGGCGGUGGCCCAGCGCACACCGCAAAUGUUUACGUUUCGACCCAUGACCCACGUAAAUAUUCGAUCGGUGGUGGCCCAUGACAGCGUCGUGCAAAUCCAACAUGUCGACAGCGCUGCAUUCUUGCAUGCUGCUGCAAAUACCCCCAACAUACUGCAACUGUCAUCGGAAGGUUCGGCGGCCUCAUCGAUGCUGUCCUGUCCUGUGGAAGGCAUAUCAUGUCCCAACGACGAAGACGCGUUCAAGUUGGUGUCCGUGCCCCAAGUUGAAGUGCACGAUGUCAUGUUGCUGACUUCGUACCGCCGCAUGUUGAAGCGAUUCGUUCAGUUCUUCGACGCCACAACAUCCCCGAUCGUUCAAGUGUGUACUUCGACCGAAACGUUCCUCUUGGAUGUAUUGGCGGCCGUGGACGCGAUGAAGUCGUUUGCAUUCCAAGAUACGACCCAAGACCCCCGGCGGCAGUCGUUGCUCCGCAAACACCAGUACAUGGAACUGGUCACGCGGAUGCUGGAAGCGCCGUUCGAUCCGUGGGGCGGGCCAUUCACCAUGGCAUAUGUGAGCUUGUUCCGACCCGACUCUAGACCUGCGUACGAUCCGAUGCAGAGCAACAUCUCAAUGACGCUGGUCGAAUUGGACGACGGGAGCGACGAAGCCAGUCACGACUCGAUAUCGACUCCACCGCCGGGUCGGUUUUGCCUCAGCGAGACUUGCAUGACGACCAUUUUCCAAAUCGUUCGCGCCUCCAACAUGCUGCUCUUCCGCAUGUUUUCGUCGUGCAAACCGUCGGACGCAUUGAGUUGCGGGCGGGCGCUGUCGGUGCUCAUGAAAAUGCUAGGCCACGGGUUCAAAGCGUCGUUCCCGCUGUCGUAUUUGAUCCAGGAAAAGUUCCACUUGUCGGGGGAAUUCAAGUCGUUUUCGAAAAUCAUCCGAGACUUUCUCGACUUGAUCCAACGCCAAGGCAAGUCGUACCGAUACGUGCAGUUCCUAGUCGUGUUGUGCACAGCAAACGGCUUGGCGGUGCCCAAGGUCCAGGAAAAGAUCUGCGACUUAAUCUUUGUUCCGUCGGAAGGGUACAAGGACGCUAUUUUGAUCCAAACCCGACCCACGCACACCAACACGUUUGAAGUGUGUUUGCCUACGCGACGCGGCAACGAGUGGAAGCCGUUGAAGGACUUUUACGACGAGUAUUACAAGUCCAAUCUGCACACGACGCUGGCGCCGUACUUUUACGGACUCUUGCAGCUGUACGUGGCGUUGUGCAUGGACCGCAACUACAAGUGCAUUGAGAUCCUCAAGGACAAGUUUCCGCGAAAGUGCCUCUUGGCGUGUGUGCAAGACGUCAAGCUGGCAAGGUCGAUCCGUGCGGUGCUCAUGAACUUGCUCCUGGUGAUCCACAUCGACUGCGACCCGCAAACCCCCGUCGCCAGUCCCAACUACACGCGGAUUUGGAAAGACACGGCGAUGACGAUGAUUCAAAUUCCACAGGUGGACACGACCAAGUACGCGCUAGAAGAUCGCGAGUUCUUUCGCCAAGUGAAGGACCUUCUCAUGGACUACAUUGCAAGGCGCAAAGGCGUGAUUGUGGUUGGGGUCGGCGAACUCGCGCGCAACGAAUUGACGCUCGCCAUGCUUCGGACGUGUCAAAAGCUGGUCGAGUUUGGCAUGUUCCACAGCGACUUGCAGGAACUCGUGGGGCACCUUGUGGACCUGCUAGACUGCCGCACCGACACGAUCUUGCUGAAACACCAGGACGACGAUGGAACGAGUCAGCCGGUCGAGUACGCAGUGCCGUUGUUUGAAAACAGCGUCCAGCGGACCAAGAAUCCGUUUUCGAGGCAGUACAGCGACGCAUACCCACCCCUCCCGUACAGACCCAUGAAGCGAUUGUCGUACAUGGGAACCAAACCUCGAGGUGCCCACCAACCUUGUCAAACGACCGUGUCCCGAUUCAAAGCGAGCGAAGGCAACACGAUUGUGAUGGAGAUCAAGGACUGCAUUUGCGCCACGUUGCUUCGCGUGGAUGCGCUGCGGUUGGAUUACCAGCUGUCGCUCGUGCUGUCAUAUGUGAAAGAGCGCAAUCGACUCGGCAGUGGUAGCAUGGUCGCAAGUGACUUGUCGCCAUUGGCCCAAGCGCUGGCCCAGCGCACGUUUCACUUGACGUGUGAGUACUCGCUCCAGACCCUUGCCAACCAUCGGCGCCUCGAUACGAUUCUGCUGCAGACGCUCAUGUACGAGCACCCGUUACUCGUGUCCAAGGCGCUCGAGUUGCUGUACCGCCAGUUCAACCAGCACGAGCAACUCAUCAAAGCGCUCGACCACGUGUUUCUGCUUGUAAAUGACAACACCGUGCACGUAUACGCCAAGCUCCAAGCCGACGUGAAUCAGUUGCGCCACUUGGCCGAGACCACUGAAGUGUGGAUGGACCUGACGUCCUCUGGGGACUUUGACGCUGCCGCGCGGGCAUGCGUGUUGCUCAAGUCGCUCAACGGCCUCAUGCAAAGCACGGACGACAUGACCAGACUGAUCUCGAAUUUGGACGUUCUAACGUAUGUCAUGGCCAUGAUUUACUCUGGCAGCCACUACUUUCACGAGUUGUUUCCUUCCAAAUCGACGGUGUCUCCGACCAGUCCACAAAAGGCAGCGGCGACCUCGUCAUUGGUACACGACGUGCUUCAAGACCAGCAACGCGGCGCCAUUCGAAACGUGUACGACGGUUGUAUGGAGUUUCUGCUCGCGUAUUGUACCACUAACGUGCAAGCUGUGGCCGAGUUUGCCAUGACGUUGGUCGAGUUUGUCGAAGCAUUGCCGUCGGCCCAACACGUGUUGCUCGCGAUCUACAGCAACGACUUGUGCGAUGCGAUCCCGCACGAUGUGCUGGUGCAGUUUGUCCGGUGGAGUGUGUAUUACAAGCACCGGUCAAAUGACGCGCGGUAUCUGACAUUUUUAAAAGACGUGGCUGUCUCGUCAACGUCGACCCAGCAAGCCCUUUUGAUGCAGUGUAUGAAGAACCCCAUGUUGGUCGACACACAAGACGUAUCAGAUCAAACAUAUGCAGCCGAGAUUUUUCACCUGCUGACAACCGUGGCCACGACGACCCAAGCGCGGGAUAUUUGUGCGGAAUCGAUUGUGACCGUGAAUGGAUGGGUUGACUUGUUUGAUCAAUUCCAGCCCACAGACUUCAGCAAUCAUCCGACGGAAACGUCGGAUUCAUUUGGCGUAGCCGCGAUGAAAUACCUCCAACUCGUGCUACUCCCGCAUGAAGAUUGUAUCUACAAGAUGGACGAUACGCUGCACGUGCGGUUGUUUGACUGUGUGCGCAAGUUUUCACUAUUCGCGAUCCGGUGUUAUCUGACUGGCCUGAUGCAACUGGAUUUACGCGAAGACAAAGCAAGGCAGCAACCAGUAUCAAGAGACGAUCCAGUGAUUACUCAGGCCUUGAUCCCGACGCUGCUCGCGUACUUUCCUAAACUAAACCCAGCGCUGCUAGUCAGUGCUCAUUUGGACAUGGAUGAGUGGAUGGCGGCGUGGUUUGCUUACGUGUUUUGUUCCGUGAGUCACACGACGGUGGCCGAUGCAUCGGCUGGAGGAUCGCUGCAUCUGUGCAUGCGAUGGCUCGAUCAGUUGUGGAAGUCUGAUUUGGAAGCGCUGUUGGUGGAGUCGUGUCAACGGAGUAGUCGGCCGUUCCUUGGCAUCGGACUGGGGGGUAUGCGGACCAGUGAGCCGUUUCUUGUCGACUUUGCCAAGCCGUUUGGGGACAUUUUGAGUGACCUGAAAGCGUAUCGAGCGUAUUGCCAAGCCAAGACAACCGACCAUCAUCCUUCCGCGUCGCUUGUAUCAUCCCUUCCGCCCCUGGCUGCAAUUGAAACGCCCAUCAAGCCGUUGGAAACUGGCCACGACAUGAUCCCCGCCUUGCAGACGGUGCCCAAGCAGCACAAGUGGCUUUUUGGACUUUGGGGUCGAUCUAACAACAACCAUAAAUCCGCAGUGUUGCCGUCAGAUCCAAGUCCGAGUGCGGCCGCGCGGAAACUACCGUCGCCUCGGCAUUACAACAUGCCCAACUUUGGCGCGUAUGCAGAAGACGACAGCUCGAUCGUGCAAGAUUACUUGAAGUACAUUCGCGACCAUCGCCUCACCAAGAAUGCCAUCCGGAACGAGUUGAGUGCCAUGAUGCAGAGCAUUCUAUGCCUCGAAGACGCGUUGAAAGAAGAGAACGUGACCAACAGCGGGGUACCCGCCGUGAUAUCUACCUUUGACGACGUGGCCGCAAAGUUGGUAUCCCAUUUCAAGAUGUUAAAGCAGCCCAAGUACGUCAACAUGCGGUUGGUGCUGCUGGAUGUGUUUACCCGCACGAUCUUGUCGCUGGAAACCGAAUCGAAACGCCGCCGAAUGCAGUUGAAGCUGGACCAGUUGGGUUUGACGGAUGUGAUUGUGGACCUGAUCUCCCACUCAGACGACUUUACCGUGUUCGACAAAUGUGUGUGGCUCGGUAUUGCCAUGCUGGACGGCAUGAACGCCCGUGUGCAGGAAAAGUUUCACGUGCUCAUCACGCAACAACACGAGCACAGUGCCGAGUUCUUGGGCAAGUUCAAGCUCCAUUUGGACAUGCUCUUUGCGCACCCCCACACGGAUCAUAGUAACCACGUGGAGACGAAAUCGGGUCUGCUUCUGAGCCAAAUCAUGUACUUUUCACCCAAAACCCGCAGCGACUUGUCCGAGCCCACGUCAAAGUACCAAUCCGCCAGUCGGCAAUUCCGAUUUCUCCAGUUGCUCUGCGAAGGCCACUACCUGCGCAACCAAAUGUGCAUGCUAGGCCAAGGAAAUAAUGCGUCGUCGUCUGUGAAUGUGGUCGAGAUGGCGACGUUGGUCGUGGUCGAGUUUCAUUCGAAUGUGUCGUGGGAUGCCAUGGCGUUACUCCGCCAAGUGAUGGACACAAUCACAGAGUUCUGUCAGGGCCCAUGCCCCGAAGCGCAGAUGUGCGUGGCGAAUUACAAGUUUAUUUCAGCGGUGAACGAGCUCUUGUGGCGGGAUUCCACGACGUUGACGAUUACGGCGGUGGAAUUAUUGCGACAACUCAAAGCGUCGAUAGUGAUCACGUUGUUGAGCUUGUUGGAGCGACGAACGGACCACGAGAUCCAUCGACGGCUGGUCCAAGAACUCAAUUUGGAAGCCGUCAAAGCCAACUUGAUUGUCGUGCACGAGUACUUUCAUCACAAGUACCACGGCAACUACGACGGGAACGAAGCGUGCAGCCGCGACGCGUUCCUGAGCAUGGGGUUCAACCUGCACAUUCUCAUGCAACAGUUGAUGGAGUUCCAGCCGUCGCUCAUCUCGUCACUGUAUCCCAUGGAUGACGUGGCGUAUCGACACGCGUACGAUUUCUUUGACGACCGGUGUGCGCGGGUGGAAAUCGUGUGGCCUCAAACCAACAUCGACCACCAUCAUCAUGCUAGUACUACUAGUAACAACCACGGGGACUUGAUCUCCAUGUACUUUCCCCUGCACCCGAUUUGCGUGUGCUUGACCGAUCGCACCAAGCGGCGGCUGCAGUCCGACGUGAGCCGAGACGCCAACAAGCUCAACGACUUUUACGACAAGACCCACGACGUGAUCGUCGAGAUGCAGCACCAAUGCACGCUCAGACAGUAUGUGUGGAUGGCGUUUCUCACGCGGCACCUGUCUCGGCUGAAAAUGGCCGCGUUCGCGUGGAGUUUGGUGUUGAAUGCGUUGAUUGUAUUGUACAACCAUAUCGACCGCCAACAAGUCGAGUCACCUCCGUGGAUUGUACAAUCGGCCGGGUACGUCCACGUGGCGCUUUGUCUUGCGAUGGUCACGGGCCACUGCAUCAACGACGUGCCGCUUCUAUUUCAACAACAAGCUACUACCCUGUCUAGGACACAUGUCGUAUCCGCGUACAAACAGAGCAACCUGUCGGCAGACAACAGCAGCACGUUGCGGUUCGAUUCUACAGUCAACGAAACCUUCCAAGAUGUUGAGGACAAGGUACGGGCAAUCGGAGACCCCCGGAUGACGCGGCAGCAUCACCUCCACCGACCUCGUCCGUGGGCACGGGUUGUGUGGUUUGUGCUGUGGGUGGUCGUGUGGGAUGCCAAGACCAUGUACCAUCUGGGCCUGCUGGGUCUGUCGAUUGGCGGCGCCUUCUUCCAUCAACCCCUGUGCUUUUCGUUCCACGUAUUGGACAUUGUAAAUCGGUCCAGUGAGUUGCGAUACGUGUCCAAAGCUAUCGUGUACCCUGGUCGGAGUCUGCUGCACAUUUUGAUCUUGUAUUUGCUCGCAGCGUACGUGUUUGGGUUUGUCGGCCUCGUAUACUUUGCAAAGUACUUUGACAAGGACGAUUACAACGGGUGCGAUACGCUGUGGGUGUGCUUUCUCACGUCGCUGGACGAAGGACUCAAGAACAACGGCGGCAUUGGCGGGUUUCUAGCCCCCAGCCAUCGCGACACGGGCGACCCGUUAGCGUAUCCCCGUCUAGCGUACGACCUAUUGUACUACGUGGGGUUGAUCAUCAUCCUGACCAACUUGGCGUUUGGACUGAUCAUCGACACGUUUGCCACGUUGCGAACGCAGCAUAAGGAGAACCAGGACGACUUGAAGGACCGGUGCUUUAUCUGCUCGAUCGACUGCUUUACGUUCAACCGGAUGACCAAAGGAUUCGACCACCACACGCGACACGAGCACAACAUUUGGCACUAUAUUUACCUGUUUGUGCAUUUGCGAAAGAAGCACUUUACACACUACAACGGCGUGGAACUGUACCUGGCGACGCGGAUGGCCAAGCGAGACGUGACCUUCUUUCCCAGCCAUCGCGCCCUCGCCCUCGAAAAACUACACGAUCGAAACAGACCCCUUGACGAUACAGCUAGUAGUUGUUGUAGUAGUAGUACUAGUACUACUCGCAUGCCCCACCGGGCCAGGCCACACGUGCCAGGGACGGCGUUCCAAGACGUGGUGGGUAAUGGAGGAGGACAUGCGAGUCGUCGCGGUAGUAGUAUUACUACUAGUACCACGGGCACGGGUGGAUCAGGUGACGUGGGUUCCCUUGGAGCAGCGCUGGCGUUGUCGCCACUGGAUCCCCAUCAUGAAGACCGUUCGACCGCGGAUCAACUGGCGGACCUCGUGCAGGACUUGUACGCCCAACAACAAGAGAUGCUGGGGCUGCUACACACAGUCGUACUUACACAACAGCAGCAUAUCGAGGCCAGGACUCCAACCAAUCAACAACCUCAUGACCGUCACCGUGCGUCUCACCGCCGAGCGAAAUCCACGUCACCAUUCAAGACAGGACAAGAACGUUAUGUGAUGUAAGAAGAGGUAUAUAUAUGUCCCCCCACCAACUAAACGACUUGGAAUAUGUAUUUAC